GAAGAAAAGGGUUCUAAUUCAGAGGCAGCAGAAUGGCAUCUUUAUACAAACAGACAAACCUGUCUAUAACCCAGGGCAGCAAGUGCAUUUUCGCAUCGUCACCCUCACCAGCAACUUUGUUCCAGUGAAUGACCAGUUGUGGAGAAGGUGGUUGGUGCUAAAGCUUGAAGUCAGCAACGACUCUGGGAUCUUGGCCCAGAGCCUGAGACUCUGCACCAGCACAAAGUACCUGCAAUCCCGCCUAAGCUGUGCCUGUUCUCUUGCCUCUGCCCACCCUGCCCCUCUCAGUGUUAAACCUCUGUAAAUAAGAACACCAACCUCUAUAGUGAUGAACCUUCCUACUCUGAUGCCUGUACCUUCUCUGUACUGUAUCAAUCCAACGAGGGUUUGUUCUGUACUCUUAGUCUUUGGGUUGGCUAUUAUCACAGACACUCAACCAUUGAACAUGACAAGAAUACCUGUGAGAAGUAUUAAGAAGGCGAAAUUCCUCACAGCUUCUCCUCCAUUUUUCUGUCAAAUUACCUAUCAUUCAGGUAUCUUACAAUCAGUCCCCUCAGCAUUGCCCCGCUUAAGGGACCAAGAAUAAUCACUCUUUGUAAAGGGCAUCCUAAAGCCCACUUUCUGAAACAUGAUAACAUUUUAAAGGACUCAGUCUGAUUGUUUGUAUCCACAAGGGCCCUUUUCUUCCUGGACACAGACCAUGGGGGUCACGAGCGAUGGGUGGGAUUCUUUAGGUUCUUUUUGCUUCUUUACCUGCUUUCUGCAGUGCAGGGUGGGAAUCAAAGAGGCAGGCACGUCAUGGGAUUUCUUUUUAAUGGACACAGGAUCCAAACGACAAUAGGAUUGCACAGUGGCUGAACGUGGUGCCCAGGGAAGGCAUUGUAGACCUGUCCUUCCAACUGGCACCAGAGGCGACGCUGGGCACCUACAGUGUGGCUGUGGCAGAGGGCAAGACCUUUGGCACCUUCAGUGUGGAAGAAUAUGUGCUGCCUAAGUUUAAGUUGGAAGUGGUGGAACCCAAACAGUUAUCAAUGGUCGACGAUUCUUUCUUGGUGAAAAUUUGCUGUAGGUACACCUAUGGAAAGCCCGUGCCUGGGAUAGUGCAUGUAUCAGUGUGUCAAAAGGCAUAUAUUUACUGGUCUCCAAGGUCAGAAGGGGAAUUCCCGUCUGACAGAUGCAAGAAUAUCUCUGGAAAGACUGACAAAGCAGGAUGCCUCUCAGCUUCUGUGGCCAUGUCUACCUUCAACUUCACUGAUCAUUCUUACGGAUGGGACAUCAGUAUCGUGGCUACUAUGGUGGAAGAAGGGACAGGAGUGGAGGCCAAUACCACUCGGUAUAUCGACGUUUCUUCACGAAGGGGCUCAAUGACCUUUGAAGACACCAAUUAUUAUUAUUACCCUAAUUUCCCCUUCAGUGGAAAGAUAAGAGUUAGGGGCCAUGAUGACUCCCCCCUCAAGCGUCAUACAGUGUUUCUGAUGAUUCGUGGCGAAAAAGGAACCAUGAAGCAGACCCUAACGACUGACGAUGAAGGUCUUGCUGCCUUCGAGCUGGACACGGCUAAUUGGGACGGGAAAGGCAUUUCUCUGGAGGGCAUGUUCGAAUUGGAAGAAACGGCAUAUGAUUCAGAAGAAAUGCCUCCUUACUACCACAAUGCCUACCUGUACCUGGACCCCUUCUACAGCACAACUCGCAGCUUCCUUGCCCUCCACCGGCCAAAUGGCAUCUUGGAAUGUGGCCGGCCCCAGGAAGUGCUGGUGGAGUAUUACAUCGAUCCAGCUGAUGCAGAACCUGACCAGGAAGUCAUCUUCUCCUACUAUUUAAUAGGGAAAGGGAAUUUGGAGAUGGAGGGGCAGAAACGCCUGAAGUCUGAGAGGAAAGGACUGAAAAGCUCCUUCUCUCUCUCAUUGACCUUCAACUCCAGACUAGCCCCUGAUCCUUCCCUGGUGAUGUAUGCCAUUUUUCCCGGAGGAGGUGUUAUAGCAGACAAAAUUCAGUUCUCAGUGGAGAUGUGCUUUGACAAUCAGGUUUCCCUUGGCUUCUCACCUUCCCAGCAGCUUCCAGGAGCAGAUGUGGACCUGCAGCUGCAGGCAGCUCCCCAGUCCCUGUGUGCGAUCCGGGCCGUGGACGAGAGUAUCUUGCUCCUUAGACCAGAGAGUGAGCUGAGCAACAGCUCUGUCUAUCAUAUGUUCCCAUUCUGGUAUGGUCACUACCCCUAUCAGGUGGCUGAAUAUGACUGUCCAGGGUUUGACCCACGGGAGUUUUCCCAGCCCCGCAUUGGUGUACUGCCCGAGGAGCGUUGGGGCAGGCGUACUUAUCUAUGGAGGCCUUCGUUCCCUCAAAGCAUAGCUCUUUUCCAGUUUUUCCAGGAUGUGGGCCUGAAAAUACUGUCCAACGCCGAAAUCAAGAAGACAGACUGCAGUUACCGAAUUUCAGAAUACAGCGUUCCAAACAGACAACCCUAUCCAUCUCCCGGGAGACCACCAAUUGAGCCAGAGGAUUCUCAGGUUCGUCAGUACUUCCCGGAGACUUGGCUCUGGGAUCUGUUUCCUGUUGGUAACUCAGGGAAGAAGUCUGUCCGCGUCACAGUUCCUGAUACCAUCACCACAUGGAAGGCCAUGACUUUUUGCACUUCCCAGUCCAGAGGCUUUGGUCUUUCACCCACUGUUGGACUGACUGCCUUCAAGCCAUUCUUUGUUGAUCUGACUCUCCCUUACUCGGUAGUUCGUGGAGAAUCCUUUCGUCUGACUGCCACCAUCUUCAAUUAUCUGAAGGAGUGCAUCUGGGUUCAGACUAACCUGGCUAAAUCAGAGGAGUACCAGGUGGAACCAGGGACAGACUCUCAGGCCUCCAGCUGUCUCUGUGCUGAUGAAUCAGAAUCCUAUCACUGGAAUAUCACAGCUGUCAAACUGGGUCAUGUAAACUUCACCAUCAGCACUAAUAUUCUGGACUUAAAUGAACUCUGUGGGGACCAGAAGGGGUUUGUUCCAGAAAAGGGCCAGAGUGACACACUCAUCAAACCAGUUCUGGUCAAGCCAGAAGGAGUCCUUGUGGAGAAGACACACAGCUCACUGUUGUGCCCCAAAGGAAAAGUGGCUUCAGAAUCCAUCUCCCUGGAGGUCCCUGUGGAUGUUGUUCCUGAUUCAGCCAAGGCUUAUGUUUCUGUUCACGGGGACAUCAUGGGCACAGCCCUGAAGAACCUAGACAGUCUGGUGCAGAUGCCAAAGGGCUGUGGGGAGCAGAACAUGCUCUUGUUCGCUCCCAUCAUUUACGUCUUGCAGUACCUGCAGAAGACAGGGAUGCUGACUGAGGAAAUCAAGUCUCGAGCAGUGGAUUUCCUGAGGCUAGGGUACCAGAGGGAGCUGAUGUACAAACACAGGAACGGAUCCUACAGUGCCUUUGGGGAGCAGGAUGAAAAUGGAAACACAUGGCUGACAGCCUUUGUCACCAAAUGCUUUGACCAGGCUCAGAGAUUCAUCUUCAUUGAUGACAGGAACGUCCAGGAUGCUCUCAGGUGGAUGGCGGGAAACCAACUCUCCAAUGGCUGCUAUGCCAAUGUGGGAGAGCUCAUUCACACAACUAUGAAGGGUGGAGUUGAUGACAAGGUCUCCUUGACUGCCUACAUCACGGCUGCGUUGCUGGAGAUGGGAAAGACCACAGAUGACAUGAUGGUGAGUCAGGGUCUGCAGUGUCUCAAGGGUUCUGUCUUCACCACCCCCUACACACAGGCCCUACUAGCUUAUACUUUCACUCUGGCUGGGGAUAUGAAGAGCAGAAAGAUUCUUCUUGAAAAGCUAGAUCAACAGGCUAUCAUCUCAGGAAAGUCCUUUCACUGGAGCCACAAACCUCCUCCAUCAUCAGAUGCCGGCCCUUGGUCUGAGCCUGAGGCUGUAGAUGUGGAACUUACGGCAUAUGUAUUGUUGGCCUGGCUUAGCAAAGCCAACGUGACUCAAGAGGAGAUAAACAAGGCCGCUGGCAUAGUGGCUUGGUUGAUCAAGCAGCAAAAUGCGUAUGGAGGGUUCUCUUCCACUCAGGAUACUGUAGUUGCUCUCCAAGCUCUUGCCAAGUAUGCCACUAUUGUCUAUGCGCCGUCUGAGGAAGUCAACCUGGCUGUAAAAUCCGCUCAGAAUUUCCAGCACACUUUCAACGUUCAAGCUGCCAACCGGUUGGUGUUUCAGCAGGAGACUCUGCCCGAUAUCCCUGGAGUGUACACCUUGGAGGCCUCAGGCCGGGGCUGUGUCUUUGUGCAGACGGUGCUGAGAUAUAAUAUUCUCCCUACUAAAAGUGUGGAGGCCUUUAGUCUUAGUGUGGACAUAGGGAAAGCUCGGUGUGAGCAACAUACUUCACCUCGAUCCUUGGCUCUGGACAUCCAUACCAGUUAUGUGGGGAAUCGCAGCUCUUCCAAUAUGGUUAUUGUGGAAGUAAAGAUGCUUUCCGGGUUCAGUCCAAUGGAAGGCACCCAUCAGUUACUUCUCCAGCAACCACUGGUGAAGAAGGUUGAAUCUGGAGCUGACACACUCAACAUCUACUUGGAACAGCUUAGUAAGAAGUCUCAGACCUAUACCUUCUCCAUCAGCCAAAGCCUGUUGGUCACCAACCUCAAACCAGCAACUAUCAAAGUCUAUGACUACUACCUACCAGAUGAACAGGCAACAAUUCAAUAUUCUGAUCCCUGUGAAUGAGGGUAGAAGAUGGAAAGAGACUAAACGAAUUCUCCACGACAUUACUGGACAGCAUUCUUCCUUCUCUUAAAGCAGAACCCGUUCAAUCAAACAAUUUGGUUUCUCUUGUUAAAAAACAAAAUGCAGGACUUCCCCGGCAGUCCAGUGGGUAAGACUCCGUGCUUCCACUGCAGGGUGUGUGUGUUCAAUCCCUGGUCAGGAAACUAAGAUCCCACAUGCUACGUGGUAUGGCCAAAAAAUUAAAAAAAAAAAAAAGCAACCAAAUAAAAUUGAAGAUUGAA